AAGGCCCUGCGGCAUCUGGACCGAGAGAUAAGAGACCGGGAGCAGGGCGGGGGCGGGUCGGAAGACGCAGGCUUUAAAGGGUACGGUCGAUGCGCAAGUUUCCGCCCCAAUCGCCCAGGCACGGAUUUGAAGUUCUCUAGUCGGUGGGUGAAUAAAGACGGGGAACGGGCUGUGGCAUAGGAAACAGCACGUGCAAAGACUUGGCUUGUUUGAAGAGUUGCCAAGAAUUAAUUCGUCGCCAUGGAGGGCUCUGAGCCCAGGAGGGUCCCGAGCUGUCAGGUCUGAACAGGCUCCCUCUGGCUGUCGCGUGGGGAAUAGAUCGGGGGGCGGGGAUCACAAGGAGAUGGCUCCAUCAGCCUCGGCCGGAGGUACCGGGGCAGUGGCGGAGUGCGAAGUGAUCUCAGGGUGAGAUGUGGAGCAUGCAAGAAACGGAGGGGCUGGCCCCAAAAGAGGAAAGGUGAUUUGGGCAUGAGGAACCGGAGGGGGGUGAGUCUGAGACCCCCAUUAGACCCGAAAGGUUAAGAGAGGCUGCACUCCGGGGCUGUGUGAUCCAGCCUGAGCCAGGCUGGUGGAGAGUGGGUGAGUGUCAGGGUGCGUCCUGUGACCGACUGUUCUCCCCUAGACUGGAGGUGCGUGUGGGCUGGGUGCAGGAUGAGCCAGGUAUCCCAUCUUUGUUUGAAAGACGGAAGACUGAGUCCUAGUGAGCAUGGUGCCUGCUUGGCGGGUGAAGUAGCAGAGCUUCUCAGAUUCCCGGAGUCCCCUGGGGGAUGGUAUCCCCUCCCCCUUCCAGUGUCUGAGGGUGGGCAAAUUAAGUGGAAUUAGGAGGUCAGAAUUUUGACAAGAAUCAUGCUGAUACGGAGGCAGCUGCUGCACCACCUUUGCCCUCCGAAUCACACACGCUGCACGAUCCACGCAAGCCCCCUCUCUAUGCCACACCCACACCGCGUGCCCUACAAGCCAUAUCGAGAUUCCAAGAACACCAGGCUGCAAGAGAUGGCGGCGGCAGAGGCGGUGCACCACAUACACCUGCAGAACUUCUCCCGCUCGCUGCUCGAGACCCUCAACGGGCAGCGGCUGGGCGGUCACUUCUGCGACGUGACGGUGAGGAUCCGCGAGGCUUCGCUGCGUGCACACCGCUGUGUGUUGGCUGCCGGCUCGCCCUUCUUCCAGGACAAGCUGCUGCUCGGCCACUCGGAGAUCCGCGUGCCGCCGGUGGUGCCCGCGCAGACGGUGCGCCAGCUCGUCGAGUUCCUCUACAGCGGCUCGCUUGUCGUGGCACAGGGCGAAGCCCUGCAGGUGCUCACGGCCGCGUCCGUGCUGCGCAUCCAGACGGUCAUAGACGAAUGCACGCAGAUCAUUGCCCGCGCCCGCGCGCCGGUCCCGGGCGCGCCCGCACCCCUACCCACGCCCGUGCCCCCUCCUCUUGCACCCGCGCAGCUACGCCACCGCCUGCGCCACCUGCUUGCCGCGCGCCCUCCGGGCCACCCCGGUGCAGCGCAUAGCCGCAAGCAGCGCCAGCCAGCGCGCCUGCAGCUGCCUGCGCCCACUGCGCCCACCAAGGCCGAGGGGUCGGACGUCGACCCCGCCCUACCGGCGCCCCCGGACGACGGCGGCGAUGGCGACGAGGAGACCGAUGAUGAAACCGAUGGCGAGGACGGCGAAGGCGGCGGCCCGGGAGAGGGCCAGGCGCCCCCUCCCUUCCCCGACUGCGCCGCCGGCUUCCUCACCGCCGCCCCUGACAGCGCGUGCGAGGAGCCGCCUGCACCCGCUGGCCUCGCUGACUACGGCGGCGCGGGGAGGGACUUCCUUAGGGGGGCGUCGGCUGCCGAGGACGUGUUCCCGGAGAGCUACGUGUCCGCUUGGCAAGAUGAGGAUGGCACCGCCGCGGAAGCCUGUCCCACCGAGACCCCGGCUCCGCCUGACUGCGUCCUGUCCGGAUCCCGCGUCCCCGGCGUGAAGACCCCGGGGCCUCCAGUCUCGCUUUUCCCGUUUCAUCUGGGCGCUCCUGGGCCACCUGCGCAACCUUCUCCCGCGCCCUCCGGCCCUGCUCCUGCACUCUCCUCCGCCUUCUACCCCGCGCUCCAGCCAGAUGCGGCCCCCAGCGCGCCUCCAGGGGAGGCGCCGGCCCCGCCCGCCGCUCCCGCCGUGGCCCCCUCGGCCACCCCUGCCCGAGCCCCGGGUGCCACCGAGCCACCUGCCUAUGAGUGCAGUCACUGCCGCAAGACGUUCAGCUCGCGGAAAAACUACACCAAGCACAUGUUCAUCCACUCGGGUGAGCCGGGAUGGGUCUCUGAGCCAGCCCCUUGGUCAUUGGAGAUUCAAGCCUGAGGGGGGACUGGGCACUGGGCAAGUUGGGUGGAGGCACUCAUGCGGUUCUGAUGCUGUUUCAUGACCCCAGGGGAGCCUGGAAAUUGAGCCCCCAGUGCGACGUAUAGGGGGGAGGGGAAGCCCCUCCACAUGGAGAAGCAGGCACUCCUGCAUCCCCUACCUCGAUUUAGUGGUGCAGGGGGAAUCCUACUGCUGCAUUAGGGAGCAGGAACUUGCCCAGAGCUUUUGGGAAGCUGCCAGUGAAGCCUUUACUCACCGCGAUGGAGCUUGGGAUGAUCAGGAGGAAAAGAGCCUUGGCAGGGAUAUAUAGCCAGGUUGGGGAGCAGUGCUGCAGGGAGCCUCCUGGGUCUUCUGGCUGUCUGUGGGUCCGGUGGCUGGGUCUGGAUGUGAGGGAGGGUGAGUUCGCUGGCCUAGGGAAAGCGUGCAGAGUAGGCAGAGAGGUGCCCUGAUCAGCGCUGGAGGACGGAGGUGGGGCUGCAUAGUGGGGACCCCGCAGCUGCAGAGGGAGGGAAGGGGAGCUCCUUGAAGACCAUGGAGAGGUCCCCUAAGACCUCAGCUGGUCUGGGAGGUGCUCUGCAGUGGCUGAGGGAGAGACAGAGUGCUAGGCUGGACCAGUGGAGAUUGUGGAGCUAGGGCCUGAGGUGGUGGCUGGCAGGUCCUGGGUGUGUUGCGGAGUGUGUGGGGUUCUCCCUAGGGGCUCAGGUGGAGGACAGGGGUAUGGAAUGUCAAAGACUGCUAGCAGGGCUGAACUGGAUGUUGUUAGGAAAAGCACAGAUUUGGCUGGAAAUCCUGUGGGAGUGGAAUGGGGAGUUCUGCAGGGCCAGGAAUUUGGGAUUUCACUGUGAAUGGUGGGGAGGGCAUCAGUGUUCUGAGGUGAGGAGUGACUGAGAUGGGAUUUACAGUGUAAAAUCCCCACCUGGCUGUCUUGGAGAUGAAAGGGAGAGGAUACAGGCAUAGGUAGAGAGCCUGUGGAGAGCUGCCAGGGGCCCAAGGUGGUACGAACCAAGAUUUGCCAGCUUUGUGCCUCUGUAGCCAGGUGCCAGGCCUGGUUGGUCUGCGGGAACCCCUGCCCAGGCACUGCCCUGCUGUCCUCUGCCACUGAGAUAGGUUUUUUAUUAGUACCUGAUGACUUUAAGGGCCACACAGCCUGCACUGUCACCCCCAGGUACAUUAUAAGUGCCAGCAGACGAAGGUUCUGGGCAACAGGGGCUUCUAGUAGGAAGGGGCACGUGUGCCUGUGUCUCUCCCAGUGUAAGCCUAGCGGGCCUUGCCAGACUGUCCCCAGAAUGGUGGCCAGCGAUCAGAGAGUGCUCCAGGGGCAUAGCAGGAGUGGAGGGAGGGCAAGUCCCUGGAGGUGGGGGGAGACCCCAGUGGUCAGUCCCGAUGGGCAACGAUGUCCCAGACCAGCAGGAUUCCCUGUUGGGAGGGUACCUGUUAGAAUUGGGGGCGCCUGACAGUGGUAUCCCGGUAGGACGGUAAGGGUCUGGGAAAGGGGCGUCCCCGCUGAG